GCGGGAGGGGAGCGGAGGAGGCGGUUCUCUUCCCGUUCCCAUCCCCAAUCCCGCCGGGCGAGUGCGGGGCUGGGGACGGCGGGGUGGCCAUGGCCUCCAUGGCGGCGGCGAUCGCCGCUUCCCGCACGGCGGUGAUGAACGGGAACCGUCCGUUGGACGAGCGGGAGCGCAAGCGGUUCAGCUACUUCUCCUCGCUGAGCCCCAUGGCACGCAAGAUCAUGGCGGAGAAGGAGCGGAUCCGCGAGCGCUACGGGCCCGAGUGGGAGCGGCUGCCGCCCCGCCAGCAGGACGAGAUCAUCGACAAGUGCCUGGUGGAGCCGCACGUCCAGGCCCGCUACGCCGCGCACCGCGGCACCACCCGCCCGCCCGCGCCGCCCGCCUCCUACCCCAGCCUGCGCCUCAACACCGGGCAGAAGGUGGUGCGCUUCGGAGACGAGGACAUAACUUGGCAAGAUGAACACUCAGCUCCAUUCUCCUGGGAAACAAAGAGUCAGAUGGAGUUCAGCAUUGCAUCUCUCUCCAUACAAGAGCAAGGUGGUGCCCAGAUGCAGAAUGAGCAGAGGCAGCCUGUUAAGGCAGCACCUGGUGUCCAAGUCCCUAAAUCUUCUCAGGCCAAUAAGACCUCUGGCUCUGAGGGGUUGAUAGCAUCCAGAAAGGAGGAGGAAUCAUCCUUCUGGAAGAUAAACGCAGAGCGCUCAAAGUUUGAAGGAGACAAGUCUGAGUUCCAGUCCCUGACCCCCAGCCAGAUCAAGUCCAUGGAGAAAGGAGAGAAGCCCCUUCCCUCUUUUUACAGACAAGAGUCUGCUCCAAAGGAGACGACCAAAGCUGAGAAGCCCAGCAUAGCCAAACCAGAGAAGUCUGUCGCCCCCAGCACACCUUCUGUGUCUCUCGAGUGGGAGAAACCUCGACCUACUCAACUCCCUACUAGUUCUCUAGAUGACUUCUUUCUUCCCGAUCCACCACAGGAUCUGGCAUCUUCUAGGACAAACAAGGAGGAUACUGAUGGUACUAUACUUACAGACCCACAAAUGCCUGGACAGACUAGUACAAGCAAUGUAAUCUUGAAGACUGGCUUUGAUUUUCUAGACAACUGGUAAAAGAUACUGCAGAACAGAUCAAAUCAAUUUUGGGGAAGGAGUGGAACACCCUUCUCCUUGUAUGUUAAUUUACUAGCAUUCGUGUCUUUUUCUAGAAGUAACUUUCAAACUCUUAAAUGUUGCCUUUGUAUAAACUUUUGUAAUACCGUAUAUGUUUUUGUUUUUUAAACAGUGAUAGAAGUGUGGUUUCAUUUGGAUAUUUUUUAAUAUCUGUUAAAAUUUUUUGUAGCUACUGUAUUGAGAGAAUGGGAGAAGUUACUGUAUACAUGUUAAAGAAACACAAAUGAGUCUCUGUAUCCUAGAGAUGGAACCUACAGGACCAGAUUGCAGUUUUCAGUGGAAACCUUGCUAGUGUGGCUUGUAAGAAAUAGUGUUGCACCUGCAGUGGUUCCAACCAUACUUCAGAUAGCUAGCAAAAAAACACUAUGAAAGGCAAGCACCCAGAAUUGCUUUGAUUUGUAGAUUUCAUUUCCUUUGAAAGUAUCUUUUGUACCACUACUGAAGACACUUUCUUCUGAAGAAGGCAAAGGCAUUGCCAAAAUGAUGGAUCCAAAAAAGCACUGUGGUUGUACCUACAAAUCUGCUAAAAUAACUUAAGAGUGUUAAAAAUUACCUGGAGAAAUGGUGUUUCUGGUGUUUGGAUUGAAGAUUGGGAAGUGGGUAGAAAGGAGUGGGACAACACCUAAUGAAUUGGAGAAAUUCUUCAGGGAACACAAUUUCACUGCCUCUUUACUAGAGCAUAACUCUUCAUAAUACUAGUGCUGGAACUACAGCACUGAGGAUUUCUGGAGUGUAGAUUACCUUUGUGUCGGUUAACCACUAUGUUUAUGGGAGGUCACAGCAGUGUGAGGCUUUUUUGUUUUUUAAGCAGCUUAUCGUCUCAAGGACUCAUCAACUUUGGUGCUUUUUCCUCCUUGUGGGUUCAUCCUCUUUAGUGUUCAACAUCUGGCUUACAUUUAUUCCUAAGGUGCAGAGAGGCAUCUCAAGGUGGUCCUUGGCAGUGUUGCCUCCAGUUCUGCUUUUGAAUGAUCUUUGAUGUUUAAAGUGUAGAGAACAAGAGUAGCUGUCCUUUGGAUCUGUUGUCUCUGAAAUGCAGCAUGAUUUACACACUGAAUCUCACUGUGUUUACCUCACCUUGAAGCCUUAAUUCCCCUACGCACAGCCAGUGACUGGUCUGCUCCAAUGCCAAAGGUUUGACUUUUCCCUUUACCUCAGCAAUAGUCCCAUAGCAUUUGUUUGGGGUAGAAGGCAAAACAUAGGGCUCUCAUGGGUCCCAGCCAAGGCUGUAAGAAGGUCACCAUCUCCUAAGCCAUAGCUGUGCUAGGCUUCUCGUGGAUUAGCACUUGACAUUUGGUUCAGUGCCAGGGGCAGUUAAAUGUGCAGAAUUGGGUGCAGCAGGAUUUUUUCUGCUUGUUACGGGAAGAGUUUGCAGUGUCCUGGAAGAAUCCUUGCCUCUAAUUGGUGUGCUGCUUGCUCUGAACAAGCAGUGUGCUGAUAUAGCAUUAAAAUUUACUUGUUGGACAAGGAAAAUGCUGUAAGCAUAUCCCCCCCUUUCUUGCCCCCACACCCCAUCAAAAAAAAACCUAAAAAAACCAAAACACCAAGGCCAAAACCUCCACUUUUUAUAGUGUUUUCUUAAAGGGUUCCUUAGCUAAAUGGUAAGAUCACCACAGAGUAGAAGCCAUUGUAUAGCAUAUUCUUAUUUAUAGGCUUCUGAAAGCUUUUUACAUUGUUCCUGAGAUGUACAAACUCCUUGUCAUGGGUUGGCGCUGGCGCAGUGCUAGUGCACCUAUGAAAAUAUAUUUUUCUCAAAUGACUGCUGUGAUAUGUCACCAGGAACAGAGCAGAGCAGGCUUAAGCUUAGAAAUAAGGAAAAAAACUUUAUUAAGCUACACCAUUAAUAAAAGGAAUACACACAGUUCAGAAUGAAAACUUUCCAAAACAUUCUUCCUCCUUCUACCUAAUUUCUACUAAAGCACAGUGAGACAAAGCCUUGGAUUCUUAGGUGUUACCACCUCUCAGAUAAUCAAUUCUCAGUCUAUCAAGGGAGAGAGGAGUUUCUCUUGUACCAUAGUCUUCUCUAGGAAACACAGUUGAAACUUCUUAUGUUUCCAUGUCACACAUGGCACCACCCGAAGAAAAUCUGCUAUCAUGACAUCCUCCUUCUAUGUACAAUGCUCUCACUACUGUCUAUGGACUAAAACUGCUUAAAGGGUUCUUUGUAAGGAUGCUUUGCCAAGUACCAAAAAACAACAGUCUCAUUUUUGUGACAACAGUCCCCCCUCUUUUCACCUUCCCUGGGGCCGAGGGUCUUGAGAAAAGAGAUCUUCUCUGAAGACAGAGGGCACCACUACACCCUCCUGCAACAGUUUCCCAUUUUGGGACAACAGUACCCCUCAUUUUCACCUCUCUGAGGCCGAGGGUCUUGAGAACAUCAUUUUGGGACAACAGUCCCCCCCCCCAUUUUCACCUCCCUUGGGCCAAGGGUCUUGAGAACAGCAGGUCACUCUCUCUCCUGCACGGGCAAUCACUACAGCAGGUCAUUCUCUUGGCUCAAACCACUGCAUCCCCCAAAAUGCAGUCUCUGUGUUACAGGAAAAUUGGUUCAGUCUAUGGCUAUACAAAAAAGUCCAGCUAAAGGGCACUCCAUCAUUUCUUCCCACCUAGAAUUCUUUCUCAUCUUCUUCUGACAACUCAGGUCCCAGGCUGUUUCUCUUCUCUCUCAGAUGAAGGAGGAUUAAUGUUUCGCAAAAUUUUCUUUGUGUAAGGGAGGGUUAAAAUCUCGGGCUCUGCUGCCCUCAGGAAAUCUCACAGCGGCCUGCCCAGGAUUCCCACAGCUGAGCACCUUCCCACCCUUCUCUUUCUCCUCUGCUUGCCUGCUGCUAGCAUAUGAUACCAAAUUUCAAGGUGGCACAGGUUCUCUCUCUCUCUGGGGGCGCUGCCUGGGAGAUCCCUGUGUUUCUCCACCCUUCUGUCCUGCAGGCGCCGGCCCAGUUCCAUUCUCUUCACCAUUCCCUUCAGUCCCCGUCUCUGCCUGGGGCUCCUGGCCUAGCUGAGCCUAGGCUGCAUGGCUUCCCCUGCCCCACGCACCUGUGGCUGGCCACGGAGGCCUGAGCUCUUCCUGGCUGCAACAAAAGCGAGGGUUUCUCUGGCAGUUCUCUGCUUUUAACGCCGUCUUCUCAGAGGCGUAUCCAUGUCUUUAGUGUUUACGCCAGGUGUCAAUAUUCAAACCUGACCACUGAUUGGUUUGGCUAUAACUUCCUAAAAAACUCACUUCCUCGUUAACGUACGACACUCCUGUAGUUCAUGGAUAUUAUCUCUGCAUUCAGCAGUUCAGAAAAUAUUUGUUGUUACCAUCCUGGACUUUUCUGCUGUUUUUUUUUUUUCUUUUGUAGCAUUUGCUACAAGCGUCCAGAGGUUAAUACAGCUUAGAACAACUUUAACACAAAUUCUUUAGGUGUAUGAUUGAUAUUGACCUGCACCUUCCUUCUAAAGCUAGCAAGUGUUAAUCUUGGGGUUUACAGUUACCAGUGAAUCUGAUUUGCUGUACAUUGAGCUGCUGAAAAGUAGUAAAUCCAAAAUAAAGAUGCACAUUCUAAUCUUAUUCUGAUUCGGGGAGAUCUGAAAACAAAGUCUCCUACUGUCAAGGAGUGUUACUUUAAAUGUCUGGUAAUACCUUAAAGCUUCUUAGGGAAGAAUCUGGGCUGCCUGUCUCUUCCAUUGGCUAACUUGACCCUAAUACACAUUGGGACCAGCUGGUAGAACAUGCUGCAGAACUUUUUACUUAUCCUGGUAGGUUUUUCCUGUGCUUUGACAAGAGUUGAUGCUCCUUCUUUCUUGAAUAUGUUUUUAUUAAACAUUCUUACAAAAAUGAAAUUGUAUUUGGUCACAUUUUAUAUUAACAAUGUUUUAAUAAAGUCACUUUAAAUAGAA